CGGGCUAUCUCGACACAUGUUAAAAAAGUUUCUGUCCGAUGCUAAGUAUUAUUUCUGGGAUGAUCCUUAUUUGUUCAGGAUUUGUGCUGACCAGGUAGUACGAAGGUGCAUUCCUGAGGAUGAAAUGAAUGAGAUUCUUUACCAUUGUCAUGCUGGCCCCACUGGGGGGCAUUUUUCUGGUAAUAGGACGGCAAGAAGAGUGUUAGAGUGUGGGUAUUACUGGCCCACAUUGUUCAAAGAUGCAAAUUCUUAUGUUGCCUCGUGCGAUAGGUGUCAACGGGUAGGAAAUAUUUCUAAACGAGAUGAGAUGCCCCAGACAUAUCUAUUGCCUUGUGAAGUUUUUGAUGUCUGGGGGAUUGAUUUUGUAGGCCCAUUCCCUAGCUCAAGAGGCAAUAAAUUUAUUUUAGUCGCUAUUGAUUAUGUGUCGAAGUGGGUAGAGGCUAUUGCGAGCCCUACUAAUGAUGCUAGAGUGGUUGUGCGUUUUGUAAAAAAAUUGUUUUCUAGGUUUGGAGUCCCCAAAGUUUUGAUUAGUGAUCGAGGAACCCAUUUUCGUAAUGAUCCGCUAGCUCGUGUUUUGUCUAAAUAUGGGGUUCAACAUCGGCAAGGAGUAGCCUACCACCCCCAAACUCAGGGGCAAGUAGAGAAUGCAAAUCGGGAUCUUAAGGCUAUCCUAGAAAACGCUGUAGCGCAAACUCGUAAGGAUUGGUCAGAAAAACUAGAUGAUGCGCUAUGGGCUUUUAGGACAGCUUAUAAGACUCCGAUUGGUACUACUCCUUUUCGAUUAGUUUAUGGGAAGUCUUGUCAUUUACCUGUGGAGGUAGAGCAUAGGGCACUCUGGGCUUUAAGGACUGUUUGUCUUGAUUCAUCUAGUGCAGGUAAGGAGCGGUUCUUUCAGGUGAAUGAAUUGGAUGAGUGGAGGGCUCAGGCCUUUCAUAA